CACUGUCAGUGUAGUGUCUACCGCACUAUUCAACUAAGGCCAGUUGUGUCGGCCAGUGGGCGCCUCCACGCCUGUAGCAAUUGUUCGCUCUAAGCGCCCGCAGGCAGUCUGUUCUCGCUUGCUUGUCGCCUACUCGAUCCUCUCGCAACACCUGCUCCUCCUUCUGCCUCAUCAGAAUCUUACUCAGUGACAACGUCUAUCUUGUCAUACGAUGCCUACGCCCAUAUCCGAGCUGAGGGCCUCUGUGGCAUCACACAACAAGACGUUCGAAACACUCCUGAAGCUUAUUCCGGCGAGGUACUAUUUAGUGCAGGAGGAGACCGAGGAGCAGAUCGCUUCCAAAUAUCAGAAGCAUAGUAAGAAACAGAACGCACCGAAGCAGGCGAUCAAAGAGGCGUCGAAAAAGGCGAAGAAAGACAAGCUUGACCCAGCGAAUAACAAAACCAUCCUCGACAUCCAAAAUGAAGCUCUCAAGGCGUCCGAGAAUGCAUCAAGCGCGAAGAACAAGGGCAAGCGGAAAGCAUCGCAAGCCAACGUCGAGUCCGACUCCGACGGCAUGGACGUCGAUGUACCCAUGGACCUGCAAGAAGACGCAGCCGAUUCCGAUACUGAACAGUCUAUGGUUCCCAUGCUCGAGUCCGGCGGCAUCGAGGCGCUGCGUGAAAGGCUGCACGCACGCAUGACGCAGCUACGGAGGGGACCGAAGGUGGGCGGGGACGGCGAGGCGGGGAGCAGGGAUGAGUUGCUCGAGGAGAGGCGAAAACAGCGGGCAGCUAUGCGAGAGCGGAGGCGGAAGGAGACGAAGGAGAAGAUCCGCAAGCAAGAAGAUAUGAGGGGAAAGAAAGGGAAGGAUAAAGAGCAGUCGAGGGACAAGGGUCCGUCCACAAAGACCCAGCUGCUUGUGCCAGACGAGGCCUCCUCGUCCAAGGCGGGCCAGCCGCACGACCCGAAGGCCAAGUUCACAAGUGUCGCAUUCUCUUCUGUCACAGGCUCCGGCAGCAGCAGCAAGAAAGCACAACACCUGAAGACAUCCUCCAACCCCUCGCAGGCACUCGAGCAGCUCGCGGCGCGCAAGGGCAAGGUCGCGGCCAUGCCUGAAGAGAAGCGCAAGGCGCUGGAGGAGCGAGAGAAGUGGGAGAAAGCGGAGGCACGCAUGGAGGGCGUGAAGGUGCACGACGACGAGGCCCGUCUGAAAAAGGCGGCGAAGCGGAAGGAGAAGACAAAGCAGAAGACCAAGAAAGAAUGGGAUCAACGGAAGGAGCAGCUCGCCACGAACAUGGCCGCGAAGCAGAAGAAGCGGACGGACAACAUCGCUGCGCGCCACGAACGGCGGAACGACAAAGGCAAGGCUGGCAAGACGAAGAACAAGGCUCGCCCAGGAUUCGAGGGCAAGUCCUUUGGCAAAGGCAAAGGGAAGGCUCCGGCGAAAGGCAAGAAGUAACCAGCCCUUCUCGUCUCCAUGCUGUAUGCUCGUAUGCCAUGCUACGCCCAAUGCUAUAUCACACUACUUGUUCGCAUUGCCUUCAGAUCGGUAUUCAAGGAGCGUACGUGAGACCAUAUACACGAAGUGCACGAAAGCUAUAAAUACACGCAAAAGGAACACCCCAAGCCCAAAUCACGCAGCG